AAGAUGAAGUACCAAUGUAUGGACCACUUGCAAAGGCUUUGACCCUUAUUAGUCUAGAUGUCUGCCAAGACGACAAGGUCAUUGCCUUUGUGCCGCACCAUAAUGUGCAGCUGAAGGUAACGGACGGAUCAAGAGACAAACCGGACUUAGUAGGCUUUAUCGUCGAACGCAAGAAUGCAGAACGGCUGGUCAGUGUGGCAAACUACAAGAUAGAAGUUCCUUCUGCCCACGAGAUCAUAGUGGCUGUCGAGUGUAAAGUCGAGGAGAAUCCAGUACUGCAAGGAGAACGUUACUGUUACGCACUUGCCCGGCAUAGGCAUGGAUCAUCCCUGCAAUAUGGCCUUAUAGUCAACACGAAUCGUUUUCAGCUCAUUUCUCUCACCUUGGACGGCUAUGGUAUCUGGAAUCCGGUAAACUGGAAGAAGAAUGAUCAGACUCCAAUCCUUAAACUUUACGAGUCCAUCAGACUCAUUUGGAUUGAAGCUUCAGAAGUCCGAGAUAAGCGUGUUCCCGUUCCGGAGUUUCUAAUUACACUGGACAACGGGAAGAGCAGGUCUGUCGCGCUAUACACCUCUUAUUUGGAUGGCAAACUGUUUUAUCUCAUUCCAAUAUUUAUUGGGAGAGGUAACGGGCGCAAGCCUUUUGUCACACUGGCCUUCGCAGCAGAUGACUUCCAGCUUCAUCGUGCAGCCAAGUGGUCUUGGCAUCUGGACGACAAUCAUUCGGGGGAACGGUAUUUUCUAGAAAAGCUGAAAGAUGCACCAGGUGUUGUGCGCAUUGACGGACAGCUGUCGAGUGAUUCCGUUCAACGCGACCCGGAGAGUAAUCGAAAGCGAACGCUUGUAGUAAUGGAAACGAUAGGGCGGUCGGUGUCAUCUUGCAAAUCCGUUCUGGAAUUCCUCGAAACUAUGUAUGAUCUCCUCGAAGUACUUCGUUAUCACGUUAGUGAGACGCAUAUUUUACAUAGGGACAUCAGCUGGGGAAACGUCCUCGUACCAGAGAAGGAUACACCUCAUAUACCAAAGAAAGAAGCAAACUGGGACACGUAUCAAUUUAUAUCGGAUUAUUAUGAUAACGAGGACGAUGCGACAAGGGAUAACAUGCAGGGGGAGGAUAAGCCACGACGAGUUCGAGUUGCACUGGCCGAUUUUGACAAUGCACGAGACCUCAAUAUCGAGAAUGACGAUCUGAAGAAUGCCACGGGUACACCGAUGUUCAUGGCCAGGGACGUUCUAGAACCCCGUUCUAAGAUACAUAUGAGUCAGUUUAUCGAGGACGUUGUGAACAUGAUUCAGGCAGCGUCCGCUGACAGCGGCAAACAAUACCGUAAUGGGGAAGAAGCAAAAUGGGAAGGCUUCUACCGUGAUCUAACUGACAUCCGUUAUGCGAAUAGAAAGAACCCGGAGGAACUCUUCCGGCAUGGUGCUGUGCACGAUGCCGAGUCCGUUUUCUACCUCUGUCUCUUGUUUUUCUCCCGUAUGUUGCGCAAGGGAGAGGAAAUCUCGGAUGCUGACCUUUAUAAGAGGGAGAUUGACAGGGGAAAGGUGUUUGAGAAGUUAGCUAAAAAGUCGGCUGGGGAAGGGAAUACUGAUCCAUUCUCUCACGACCUGCCUUCGUCUGGGUUUGAAGUGGACUUUUUCGACAUGCUUCACGUAAUCUACUAUUACCUCAAGGUACCAUGGUAUAAUGUUUUGCAAACGGGGCAUGGCGAACCGUUCGAGUUUCAUCUGCAUGACUUCAUGCAAAGGCUCUUCCUCAAGGAGAUAUACAAGCUACGGAUCUCGUCAAGCAUCCCAUUAGAGCUGUACCCGCUCGCUGUAAAGUCCAAUGUUGCAGUUCACGGUGAUUCCUACUCCUCCUAUUUCAGCUCAUCAGGCAUGAAAGCCUAUAAGACAAUUAUGCAACCAGCAAACGACAAAGGUUCUACUAGCAGAAGCGCUAAACGUAUUAAACUUGACAAGGUGCCAGAUAUAAUGAAAACCACUGAUUUGGACUUUCUGUGUAAUUGGUCGUCAUUCGACAAAGACCGGGCACAAGAAUUGACAAAGAGUAUUCCGGAAGUUCUCUUGAUGGUUUUAUGGCACAAGAGAAAGGAGAAACUGUGGCUUUCCAGUAAUAAAGAAUAUUAA